UUCAGUCUUAGCGCGCACACGUAUUAGUGUCAAAGAGAGUGGAAGUGCAGUGAUUUGUGGUCAACACGGAGAUUUGAAAAAAAGUACAAAAAUAAUAUCAAACAAAAUGGUUCCCUCAAGCAGAAGGAUGUGGCUCUCCAGCAUCGUAUCUUCAACCCUAUUCGUGAUGGCGAUGUCAGCAGGCAACGAGUACCUCCCUCCCAGCAAGGGCUACAACUACGAACCUCCCUCCAUUCCAUUCCCCACCAAUAAUAAUGGAAAUAAGCAACCAACCCCACCGACCAUCAGGCCAAACCCAACUCCUCAGAGGCCGUACCUCCCACCUGUGCAGCCUACCCCUGGACCUGGACCCGCGCCGACUCCAGGACAUCAUGAUCAUCACGAACACCACGACCACGGCAACGGUAACCAUGAUCACGGAGAUCAUCAUCAUCACGAGCCUGGCAUGCCCUUCGAUUUCUCUUACCAGGUGGCGGAAGACGGCAAUGAUUACAGCCACAACGCGAUCUCCGACGGUGACAUAACCAGGGGAGAAUACAGAGUGGCCCUGCCCGAUGGUCGUACACAGAUCGUGAAAUACACAGCUGACUGGAAGAACGGAUUCAACGCUGAGGUUACAUACGAAGGUGAAGCGAGGUACCCUGACCAGCCAGCUGGCGGCUACGGCAGCGGCAGUGCGUCAGGAAACGGUUACGGCAGUGGAAGCGCAUCAGGCAACGGAUACAACAGUGGAUCCGGCAGCACUGGCGGGCAAGCCUACGUGCCACCGAGCCAAGGAGGCGGCUACCAAUAUUAGACAUAACCCCCAACGAUUACGCAAGUUUUCAACGAACUGAAGAAUUUAUUUCUUACUAAAAUUACGCGAUAAUUUACUUUAGUCGAUUAUUUUACUAGUAGAAUAGAAUGAUCCCCUCUCUAUAACUGUCAACGUGACAAUUUAAGAC